GCAUGGGUCACAUACAGUAUUUGUCAAUAGUGUCUAAACAUAACCUAUAAUUUUUUAAAAACAAAGAUUGUACUUCCGGAUUUUCCACCUUUUUCACAUUCCCUCACAUAAUUUGGAAAGUAAUGAAAAAUUUGCGAUAAGAAGAUAUUUUUUAAAGCAUGAAGCAAAUCUUGGACUCUUUUCUUUCUUGUGUUGUUUGGAGCAGUGAAAAUCAAGCAAAUUUACUUGCUUUUAUUGCUGGAUUACCACCAAAUUGUGUUACACACGAUGACAUCGAAGAUAUUGGUGAAAUUUUAGCAAAAAUGUUUUCAGUCAUUGAUCGAAGUGAGAGAGAAAAUGUGUUCAAUCAAACAUUUUUAAAAAGUGACAUCACAGUAGCUACACAUAAGAUUAUUCUAUCUAAACCACGUUUUUUCACUGUGCUGCUUGUAAACUCCCUUAGACACCAGCAUCCGUUGUUUUCUAGAAAAAAUAAAACCUCGGAACAUUCUGAUUUCUUCUGUAAAGUAGUUACACACAGUUUGAAAAACAUUAAGUUAUUGGAGCAGUCUUCAAUAUACUUACUGAGGACACUUAAUCUGAUUUUGAGCAAAAAUAGUUAUAUUUUAAGUCCAGAAUUGAGCAUGGGAAUCAUAAAAUCGAUGCACUGGGUUACAGUGUCACCAUUGCCAGGUUUCAAACAAUAUGCUCAUAGUAUAACAAAAAUUUGUCUAAAUUUUCUAACUAAUGACCAGAAAGAAAUAUUUUGUGAUCACAAUAUUAUACCAGUUAGAGGCAUAGAGACUUAUAAUUUGAUGAAUCUAUUUUCUGAAGAAUAUUUAGAGAAAUCUAUGGAUGAAGUAAUAAAUAGUAUAUUAUCUUCUUUUAAAACAAACAUUGAAAAUAAAGAUGGUAGUAUCUUGUAUGAGAGAUUAUUAAUUUUUAGUUUUGAGAUAUGGAGGUUGAAGAUAUGGCCAUUAUUUUUGCCAUAUUUUCGGAAUAUUGAUCAAGAAGGGUAAGUAAUUACUGAAUUUACAAUAAAAGACAGAAGAACUGAGGAUAAUAUUUUAUAGGGAAUUUUAUCAAAGCUUACUGAAGUACUGGAUACCAAUAAGUGUUAAUGUCUACAAACAAGAUUUCUACCUAUUUGUUAGAAAUGAAGCAAUUGAUUCAAUUUUGAAAGGACACAUUUUACUUGAAACAAGAAAAAAGGGUCUUGUAAAUGUAGAUGUAACAAAAGACAUUUGGAAAUUAUUCCACAACUUGGAAACAACGAAUAUAUGCAUAAGAAUACUAUCAAUAUAUCAUAAGAAGUCACUCCAUCCAAGCAACUUUGAAAUCAAACUGGUUCUGGAAUUUCUAAGAUCAAAUAUCGAGACAGCAUUAGGUGAUGAGGAUGUCAAGAGUCUGAAUAUGUUCUUCUCACAAUUCAUUUUAUAUGCUCACACUGACCUACCUGCAUCUGAAGGAAAGUUUGAGUUUUAUAGAGAUACCAUUGAUUUGUUUUACCAGUUCUGCUGCCAUAGUUUGGAAACUGAUCAUUUUGAAGUGGGCCUGCAAGUAGCCCAAAUAAUUCUGAACAUCUUGUCAGGUUCUUAUAAAAAGUUGCUGCUGAUUUACAAACUGGAAAGAAAAUAUUACUAUGAAGAGGGAGAAAAUGCUUUAUUUCAGAGGCUGAAGGGGAAGUUCUUGAAAUUUACUAGUUUGAAAUUUCAAAAUAAAUUGAAACAGUGUCUUUUGAUGAAGGGAGGAACCAGUAAAUGCUUAACAAACUUGAUUUUGAGUCAUUACCCUCAAGUUUGUUUUCUUGAUAUAGCUACUUUUAGGAAAAUAUUAUCUGAGUCUGCAAAGAUAUCUUCUUUAAAAAACAUUGAAAAGAUAUCAAAUUUAUCAAGAAUAUCACUGAAUGAUAGGAACCCUAGCAAUAUAGCAUUCGUGAACAAAACAGUUGAUAUUGUGCUGGAAGAUAUGAAUGAUUUUGAAACAACUAGUACCUAUAGCAAUGUUUUGCUACUGACAGUCAUAAAUGUUGCUACACAAAAUCUUUUCAUAAUAGACAGUUUACCUGUGUUGAUAGAAAAAUGUUUUGACUAUAUGCUGUUUCAAAUCAAUCAAAAUGCAUCUAGUAAAAUGGCUUACCAAUCACUGAAGACCUACGAAGCAUUUAUAAAUACAAUUGUCAAUAUUACAAUUCAAAAAUUGGAUUCUCUAUGGCCAAACUUGAACAGAAACUUCGUUAUAGAUGCAUUGAUGAAAAUAAUUGGAAUAAGUAACAUGAAAAAACCAGUUACAAUCAGCGCAAUUGCAUUGAAGCAUCUGUUUGUAAAAAUGGAGGAAUGUGAUAUUAUGUAUAAAAUGUUACUGAGUGAUGAAGUAUUGAGGUGUAUAUCUGAUGUUCCAACACGAUCUGACCUUAAAAUCAGGAGAUAUCCUGAAUAUAGGUUGGUUCUACAUGCCCUGUGCAUGUCAGAUAACAAUCCAAGUAGGCUAUUUCUGAAAUGGAUUAUCCAAGACCUCAUACAAAUUAUAAAAAAUGAUGAAUCAUCAGACAUUGCAGUAUCAAGAUCUAUACACUCCAUUGAGAUACUGGUAUCAGAAAACACACUGCAUAGUCAUACCCUAUUUUAUAUGGAAGAAAUAAUAAUUCUAUGCAUCGAGCUUUUCAAAAAUGAAAGCUGGAUUAUCAGGAACGCAGAUUUGCAGCUAGCCAAAGCCCUGAUUGAUAGAUUCUUCGGAGUGUCACUGAAUACUUGCAACAGACCUAAAACUAUCGAGGACCUCUUCGUACUGUUUCCAAAUCUUCCGUCAUACUUUUUCAAAAUCUUAUCCAUGGAAAUUUUGGACGAACGUGCUUCAAUGGCAUUUCAGUUCUUUCUUGAAUCACAAAUAAAAACUAGUCUUUGGACGCAUGUUACAGGAGAAUGUUUGUCAUAUUUUCGAGUAUUAUUCAUUGAUAUAAUUAAGAAUUAUCCUAAUCACUUUGGAAAAUUAGCUGUUAAAUCUUUAGUGGCUCUGACUAUGAAUGACGAUAUUCCAAAUGUGGUAUUAGAUAUUUGCAGUUAUAUAAAAAGUAACUUUAUAAAUAUGCGUAGUAAUAUCAUUUCAAAUGUAAUUUUUCUUGUCAAAGAACUACACGAAAAAUAUGCAAAAGGAAGUAUGAAUAGUACGAGUACAGAAGUCUACUUGCAUGGUUUAUCUGAAUUUUUGAGGAAACACAACUCGUGCGUUUUCGAUUUCAUGUUGCUCAAAGUUAAUACAUCCUCAGUGGUAAUGAAUAAAAUUAAAAGCUUUAAUGAUAAUGACUUCCAAAACAGGAUAUGGUUGAACAAUUACAUUCCUCUUUUGGUGAACAGUAAAUACUAUUUGCAGUACUUGGAUGAUAUUUUGUCUUUCAACCUGCCUGUUUGUCAAAAAGUAAAAGUGUUAUCUAUGUUGGUAUCAAAGUUCGAACGAGGUUGUCUGAAACCUGCAGAUAUGCCAGUUGUGUUUAAAAUAAUAGUUCAGAAUUGCAUUUCAGAGGACGACAAGUAUUUAUUGUUAUGUUACUACAAAGUUGCUUCUCUGAUUAUUUCCAGCAUUCAAGUUGAUGUAAAUAUUGAUAAUGAAUUAUUUCCUUCUAAAUUUAAUAGCUUAUACAAAGCUCAUGUAUUUGUUCUAUAUCAAUCUAUAUCAAAAGCUAGUAUAUUGAAAACAUUUCAAUUAGAUUCAAUCGUUAAAUUAUAUUCAACUCAUGUUGGCAUGACCGACGAUAUUGAUAGUGACAUUGCAUAUAGUUUGAAGUAUUUUCCAGAAGAUAUUUCAGCUGACUUAAAAUAUAUAUUAUAUAAAAUUGUGUUCUGUUACUCCUUGCAGCAAACCACAUAUUUGGAAAUCUAUAAUUUUAUUACCGAAAAAACUAAGAAACGAUACUAUAGUAUACUACCAGCACUUGAAUGUUUGUUAUCUCAGAGCUUUAUCACAAAAACAUUAGGUGUUUAUUCCGACAUAUUUUAUUGUAAUAUAAAUAGGUAUGUAAAAGAAAUGUGUAAAAAUAGCGGAGAACAAAAUGGAUUUUAUGAAAUCCAAAUUGACUUUGUUGUUCCGAUCGAUUUUUUAGCGAAGCUGUUAAAAAUAAAAGACUUAUACAGUUAAUA